AUGGAAUCAAUCGAAGCCCACCAUCCAGAUUCGAAACACGCCCGCCAAUGGGAGCCACCAAAAAGGGAAGAAGUGGACGAACAGGAGGAAUACAAAACAGAACCCCCAAAGCAAGAACCCCCCUCCUCGCCAGCAAAAAAAGAAGAAAAGGGCAAACAAGGUAUCAAGCGCGAGCAUGACGAUAACCUUGAUCUUGAUAAAGCGGAGCCGGUUAAUAAAGUGGCAAGGACGUCGGCGAGUCCGCUGAAGAGUGAGGGGAGGGGGUUGAGGAGUUCGACGAGGAAUGACAGGGGCGUUGUAGUGCCGAAGAAAGGGAAGAAGGGAGAGAAGGGGGAACAGAAGAUUACGGGGUUUUUUGGGAAGAAGUAG